UUAAACGUGUCGAUUCAGAAUAUUAUUAGGUACGCGAACGAUUUUGUUGAUUCCAGCUGCAGCCGACAAGCAUUGACCGAUGUAGGGCAGAUCGGUUUGAAGCUGGGUAGAGAGAAACUGUGCUUCGCGAUAUUCGAGGCGAUGAGAUGUAAAGGUAUCGAGAUACGACCACAUUUCUAUUGGCCUUUACUAAUAGCGUCCCGCAAUAAGGGAGAGGCUAAGAUAUAUUCACUCCUGAAAUCUAUGACGGACGCCGAUGUAGAAAUGGAUUUUGAUACGCUGCUUCAUUACGUAUAUCCAUACAUAAAUACUGCGAGACCGAUUGACACUUUACAGAGACUUCAGCUGUGUAACAUACCAAAAGUUAUCAUGUUUACGCCUCUAUUAUCUUUUUUGUUGCAGCACAAUCGGUU